UAAAGACAGCUUCUCCAGCGCUCUGACCAAGAACAUCGUGGCCAUGCUGGUGUGGCUGACGCUCAGCAUCAUCAACGGCAGCAUGGUGCACACCUUCCUCAGACACAGUCUCUUUUAUGAAAACCCUCGCUACAUCAUGUUUAUCUGCAUGGUGAUCAAUGACGCUCUGCAGCUCACCCUGGUGACCGCUCUCUAUGUGCUCAGCUACAUCUUCAGAAAGAUCCACGCCUCCUUCUGCUGCUUCCUGAUCAUGACCGCCGUCCUCACCACCCGUUCCACGCCUCUCAUCCUGGCUGGCAUGGCGGUGGAGCGCUACCUCUCCAUCUGCUUCCCCCUUCACUACAGCCAGAUGUGCACCGUCCCCCGAACCAUCCUCCUCAUCGCGGUCAUCCUCAUACUGACGGCCACCCCGCCCCUCACCGACCUCCUCAUCACCAUCGUCCAUGAGCCUCUGAGCUUCUUCCACAACGCCAUCUUCUGUGACCACCCACUCCUGUUCCGUCACCGCUCCAUCUACUACAAGAACUGUGUGUUCGACGGCGUCUACCUGUCCUUCGUCGCCCUCAUGUUGCUCUACACCUACUGUAAGAUCAUGCUGACCGCUAGAGCCGCCUCCACUGGGCUGGCCUCUGUGAACAGAGCCAGGAACACGGUGCUGCUGCACGGGGUUCAGUUGCUUCUCUGCAUGUUGGCCUUCGUGGUCCCGUCCCUGCAGGCCGCCCUCAUCUCUCUCUUCCCACGCUUCAGUCUGGAGAUCCGGUACAUCUUCUUCCUGGUCGUCUAUAUCAUCCCUCGCUUCCUGAGCCCGGUCAUCUAUGGUUUCAGGGACGAGCUGUUCAGGAAGUACUGGGCUCGGUACCUGACCUGUGGGAGCCAAUCUGUAGUCAGGGUCCGACCGGUGUUACUGAAGGUCAACAUGUAGGUCAGAGGGACGGUUUGGCUCGUGUCUGCUCUUUUAGACUGGGGAUUUAUUCAGUCUGCAUGUAUGGACUACUGCACUAUGGGAACAUGACUGAUGAAUGCUGAGUGUUAAGAUUAUUUAAUUCUUUACAUAGAAGGGCACACCAGCCGGCUCAGGAGCAGCUCUUUACCGCAAGCCAACACAAUAAAACACUCGGUGAAACAUGCAACACAAUCGAUGUGCAAUACUGGACGUGUUUAUUUCUGUAUAUUCUGUAUAGUUCGACACGGUUUCAGAUUUUAAUAUUUUUUAUUUCUGCUUCGUUAUUUUUUUAACAGAUUGUUCUUAUUUAUUAAUCUGAUCCCAUAUGUGUGUCUGUUGAAUUUAUAUUUACUCUGUAACUUUCUGAACCAAAUUCAGAAUGACAAUAAAACAUCCAUCCUCUUUCUAUACCACUUAUCCUGUUGGAGGUCCUGAGGGCUGGAGCCUAUCCCAGCUGCCAUUGGCUGAGAGGUGCGGUACACCCUGGACUGGUCGCCAGUCAAUCGCAGGGCACAUAUAUAGACAGACAACCAGACACGCUCACACAGUAAUCAAUGAACCUAAAGAGAAUGUCUUUGGUGGUGGGAGGAAGCCGGAGUACCUGGAGAGAACCCACACAUGCAUAAGGAGA